CUGGUCUGUGGCAGGAAAAAGCCUGUUUUUCUUUAGGGGAAAGAGCAUAGCAGUUUCCUUGCUGAUCACUCCGCUCAGGCUGUCCCAGAGGUCAUGGUGCUUCCCAACUGCUCAACCACCAGCCCCGUGGUGGACACAGCUGUGGGCACCCUUCUGGCCCUGGAGUGUGGGCUGGGCCUGCCAGGCAAUGCCAUUGCACUGUGGACCUUCUUCUUCAGACUCAAGGUGUGGAAGCCUUAUGCCAUCUACCUGUUCAGCUUGGUGGUGGCUGACCUGCUGCUGACCAUCUGCCUGCCAUUCUUCGCCGCCUUCUACCUGAGGCACAAGACCUGGGCACUGAGCCUCAAGUCCUGCCAGGUUUUGCUUUUCCUGCUGCUCCUCAGCCGAGGGGUGGGAGUGGCCUUCCUGGCUGCAGUGGCCUUAGACCGUUACCUGCGUGUGGUCCACCCUCGGUUCAAAGUCAACCUUCUGCCCCCAUGGGCAUGCUGGGGCAUCUCGGUUCUUGUCUGGCUUCUGUUGGGCGCCCUCACCUGCCACAGCUUGUUCAUCUCCACGCCUGCCUGGAAUGCCACUGAGUGUCCCAGCUUCUACCCCAUGACUGCGGCCUCUCGUGUCACCUGGCCAGAUAUGUUCUUCCUCCUUCAGCUGCUCCUUCCCUUUGGCCUCGUUGUGUUCUGCAACUCAAGUGUCCUCAGGACCCUCCAGAGGCGACUGCGAGAGCCUGACAGGCAGCCCCAGCUGCGGAGGGCCAGGGUGCUGGUCACCGUGGUGCUGCUGCUCUUCACUCUGUGCUUCCUGCCCAGCAUGCUGGCCAGCGUCCUGGUGCAAACCCUCAGAGGCUCAGGAAGCUGCAGUGUCCUGCGUGUGGUGGUGCACACGGCUGACCUUGCAGGCAGCCUCACCUACCUACACAGCGUGCUGAGCCCGGUGCUCUACUGCUUCUCCAACCCGGCCUUCACCCACUCCUACCGCAAGGUGCUGGACAGCCUGCGGGGCCGAGGCAGGACAACCGGGGCCCCCAGCUUUGACAAGCCCUCCUACUCCUGAUGGAGCUGCUGCCUCUGCUCCUGCUUACGCAUGACUGCCUGGGGCUUAAAGAAUGCUAUGAUUUUAGGAUUGCAGAGGAAGGCAAAUCAUAGAUACACUGUAGCCACAGCAAAUGUUGUGAUAUGAAAUUCCAGGAUGCUUUUCUGCUAUUUUACACAGUGAAAUGGAAAGUCAGUUAACAAUCAGAUCCUACUUUGCACAGUCACAAUGCAGGAAGUUGCCAAAUGAGAAGCUACACUGGGAAUAGACCUGGCUGCAUCCGUAAGAAAGAGAGAAAGAUUGAAAGCUGGUAUUUCCUGAUGCCACUGGGCUUGGCAAGUCAUUUUCACUUUAUUUUUUAGUUUUAAAAUUAUAUUUAUAUUUUAUGGGUAUAUAUCUGUGAUCAUAAUAAUUACAGUCAUCUUGGAAAUUUGAAUUGUGUUCAUAUUGUAUCUCGGUUAUUUUUACUUUUUAUGCUUCCAUUUGCUUUCUGUUCACCUGUUCACUGUGAUAACUAAUGUCAGGAAUGCCUAGGCUCUAAAGAAUUUUGAACUUUCCUAUAUUACUACAGUUUGUGCUCAGCUCAUUUUGCCUGUAACAUUUCUCUUUUUAUAAAAUUUUGCUUCAUUUUUAUAGUUUAUUCAUUAUGGUGAAGACAAUGUAGUUAGUUCCUUAGUUUAAUAUGAGAAGCACUUUCAUGCUAAAUUUCUCAAAAUUGCCUCUCCCUUUCUUGCCGAAGUUUGAAUUUCUAAAUGCUUGUGAAGCUGGCUUCCCCUCCACUGGAGAAAAGUCUCCCAGGAAAAAUAUACAAGGGAGGAUAUGGACUUGCAAUUGAAAUGAUCAUUUCCCAUCUGACCCUGAGCAUAAUGCAGAGGACACGGGAAGUGAGAGGAAGGCAUGGUGCCUGGCGUCCACCCUUGGAUGUCUUUGCAAUGCUACACUAUUUCAUCUCAUCCCUAGCAGAUUACACUCCAAUCCUGUAGCUCAUAAUAUUUCCAAAAUUACUUCCCUCUCCGCCACAUCUGGAAUCCCUGUGCAUACCUAUCAGGAUGGGCAGAGCCCAAAGCACUCCCCCAAGGCUGGGCCAGGUGGACUGUCUGCCUGUAGCUCCACUUUCCACUCAUCUGCGUGUCCCAUGUUGUGCCACAUCUAGAGACAACACUGACAGCACUGGCAGUAAGGAAUGUCAAGCCAUCUCCCACCCACCAGGCUCCCUCGCUGACAGCAGUUCCUCAUCAGAAUCCCAUGUGAAAUGCUGGAAUAUGCUCUUCCCCCUUUGCCAGAAAGUGUUGAAGAGGGAGCAUGCUGUGUUCUUUGAUUCUAUGAAAUCUGAGCUCAGCUGGCAAGCCUGUCUUCUCAGGCUCCCUUUCCUUCUAAGCCAGCACAGUGCCAAAGGGCUGCGCCCAGGUGAAGAUGUGGGUGCAGUCUCUACCAUGCCUGCUUUCUUCCCUUUCAGUUGAAAAAAAGUCCCCAUUUUCCUUCCCCAGAUCCUAAUGCAUACACAGUCUUAAAUGCUGCUUUAAGAAACCUAAUAUUCUGCACAAACAUUUGCUAUAAUGUGACAAAGCCAGCCAAUUUGCUCUGUCAGAGAGGUUUCCUAACACUUGCCCUGCUGCUGGGCCCAAGCUUUGUGAUGCGGCAGCUUAAGACACAUCUGACAUACUCACUGUAGCACACGUAGGGCACACUUACUGUAGGGCAUGCUUAGGGUUUCUCAGCCUCGGGGUACCCAGGAACUUUGAGGAAACCCUGAUGUCUGAGCCAACCCCCAGUCUUCUGAUUCAGUUGGCCCAGCUGAGGAAGACCUCACCCAAGACUGUUAAAAUCCCCUCCUUGAUUCUACUAAUAAGCGGUGAGCAGAACAGCCUGAGGAAGAGUGUCCUGCUCCAUCAUUUCUUAGCUCUGUCUCUAACUCUCCACUACUUUUCUUUUCUCCAUUCACUUCUCUAACCAGACCAUGAACUUGGGAUCAGUUUUGACCCGUCUACUCCGAUCACAGACCGGGCAGAAUUAGAUCCAAGGCUUACGACCUUCUUCCUGUCUAGUAAAUCUUUUUGGGUGUUUUGUAGCUAUUCAGUCUGACUCGUUUUAUUCCUCACAUCUGUGAAAUGGGAUAUUUUUGGUCUACGAUUACAUGAACAGAUGGGGCCUGCGCACCCAGUGCCAUCCUGUCGCCGAGAUAACGCCAGAGGUGUUGCAGGUGCUGUAACAGGGUGCUCACUCUCCCCUGACUUAUCACCUACGGAUAAAGAAUGACCGCAGGAAACCGAGGACAGGACAGGUGCCACAACACGACAGGUCUCUGAACACAGCUGUUUGCUGACAGCAGCAGGUUUUGGUUUCUCCCUUCUGGGCCCAGCCACUCCCCUAAGAGCCCCGCUGACCUGCCGUCUGCCUGUCUGGAUUCCGGUCCAUCCAACAGCCAAGAGCCCAAGUUUCUAUCUGAGUGAAGAGUUUCUCUUCCUUGCUGAGACACUGCUUUCACUUUUUCAAGAUUCUGUUACUCUCGCUGUUUCUCUUUCACAUCUUCUGGGCAGCUGCCCCUGUUCUGCAAUGCACGGGUCCGCCAGAUGCAGGGCAUUGCCCAGACCGUUCCGGUCCCAUCCCAUGGCCCCACCAGUCUCUGUAGUUUCAACCCAAGAUCCUUUUGCAAGAAACCUCCCGCCAACGAUCCCACCCACAUGCGGCCAGCAGUGACACCCAGCACCCUCAUGUCUGCUAUGCCCUGUCUGUGUUGUCCUACCCCACCAAACCCUCGAAGCUUGAAGGGGACAAGUCACCUUCAGACUCAACACUUUGCUCAGAUCCUGGGUCACACUGGAUAUCUCACUGACAAAGGAAAUAAAUACAUAAAUGAAAGUUUAAACUUCACUCAAAGUCAACCAAAAAAACUUUAUUAUUUGAUAGCUUGGCUUUUGAAAAGAUAAUCUGGAGGUUUGGAUCCAGAGACAAAUUUAAAAGGAUGACUUUUAAAGCUGUCUAGGAAAAAGCUAGUACAGAUAAAAAUAUACUGCUGUUCCUUACUAAAGAAAGUUUUCCUCUUUAUUUUCCUAAUCAUAUCUGCCAGUAAUUUAACAAUACUUUGGGUUUAUCAAGGUCAGGAAAAGGAGCAAUCCUGCCUUUGCCUUUAGGCUCUUGUGGAGACAGUGAAAUGUGUCAUAUGACUUUCAGAGGCUUCCUGAAAACAUGUUAGCUGGUCACUUUCAAAAUGCCCCUUGUGUUUUGGGGGUAAGAUACACAUAACACACGGAUCACCGUCAUGGUGCCUUUGGGACACGCUUCAGGACACAGCUCACCAUCAUAGUAUCUUCAGGACACACUUCACUGUCCUGGGCACCUCCACCCUUCUCCAGAAUGCAUCCUACUGUGUGAAACUGAAACUGCCCCGCCCACACUUACCACAUCCACCUCGUUUCCAUGUCACCAUCUGAAUUUCUGCCUCUGAUGCUGACGAUGCUGGGUACCUUACAAUGGAAGCCUACAAAGCUUGUCCUUUUCUGGCUGGAUUCUUUCACUUAGCAGAGUGUUUUCAAAGUCCAUCCAUAACAUAGCAUCCAUCAGAAUUUCCUCCCUUUUGAAACUAAGUGACACUCUCCUGCACACUUAGACUGUAUUUGGUCUAUGCAUUCAUCCACUGAUGGGGCCUGGGCAACUUGUAUCUUUUGGCUCUUGUAAACAAUGCUGCUCUGAAUAUGACCACACAACUAUCUGUCCAGAUCUUGCUCUGAGUUUCGUCUGGCUCAGACGAAACCUGGGCUAGGUGGCAACUCAGUUUUUAACUUUUUGAGGGUUCGACAUGCUGUUUCCCACAAUGACUGGUGCUGUUAAAUUUGGUGUCUAGCAAGGGCUGUUGACUGCUUCAGAGAUGGGGUCCUGUUGCUGGGUCCUCAUACAGCAGAAGGGUCAGGGUGCGCCCUCGAUGUCUUCCUUAAGGGCACAGUCUCACCCACGAGGGUAGAAUCGUCAUGACGGUCACUUCCCCCACAAUCACCCCUCUUCGCUCUAUCUUGCUGGGUAUCAGGUUCCAACACAGAUUUGGGGAAGUGGGAAACUAACCUUCAAAGUGUAGCACAUUUCUCUCCAUACUGUCUUUCUCUGGCUUGUUUUUGCUAUAUUUUGAUUUCCCUUUUAUCCUGCUAUGUACUGGUAAACUUACUCUGUGAGGGAAAAAAAAGAGCCAUCAUUUUGAUUUGUAGCAUGUGUUUAUUUCUACGGUGUAAAUCCUUCCCACUGUGGCUGAUUUUAAGCUACCGAUUGUUUUGAGAACUGGUUUACCAAAUUCCUGAGCUCUCACAGUUAGCUCUCAGAGCACGUGACCCUGCCUCUCUUCGCAGUCUGUUCUUCAGUCUCUGAAAAAGACAUAUUCUGCUCUCUGCCCGGUGUCAUCUACGCAGACAAGAAUAUGUGGGACAGAACUGAAAUAUAUUAAAGCAAUGUAAAGACUUCCUUGCAGACCUUGUAUGAAAGUGUUCAUAGUGCCCUGGCAAAGAGACCAGACCCAAGGGUUCAGCUGGGGAAGCAUGAGGAGCGUCUGGUCUUCAUUUCCAUUUAAUCUCACACAGCCCUGCUUCUGGCCCCUCUGGGAAUCUUGUGAAAAGGUUCUGCAGUGAAGCUUUUUUUCUUACCGACACCCAAGGCCAGCAUCCCCAUCACAGAAUCCAGGUACCCUGAUGCCCAGGAGAAAGUGAGUGAACAGCUUGAGGAGUGAGUUUAUAGUGAAUGGAGGCUACUGAAGACAGCGGCUUUGGCUUCCAAAAAUAAGACAAAGCAACACAGAGCGGCAUACAGGAAGCAGUUCCUCUUCCCUUCCAUAGAAAUUUGGGACCUGAGAAGAGCAGAGCUCCAGAGACCCGGCCAUGGAGGGACUCAGGAAGCUUGUUCACCAGCGCUCUUGGUAAGCGUCUGCAUCACGGGCCAGAAGGAGAACAGAGCUUCAGAGAUCCAGCUAUGGAGGGACUCAAGCAGCUUAUUCACCUGCCCUCAUGUUAAGUGCCUGCAACGUGGGCCAGAAGGAGAAGAGAGCUCCAGAGAUCCGGCCAUGGAGGGACUCAGGCACCUUAUUCACCCGCCCUCUUGGUAAGCACCUGCAGCUUGGGUCCAGAGGAGAACCAUUACCUGGGAGCCUACUGCCACGCGGGCUGAAAAUCAAGCACCCUUCUCCCUCCUGCCCCUUCCCCCCUUAGCUACUGGGGAUAGGUGUUUCAACAUCUCUUGGGAGGAUGACUAUAUGCAGUAUAGCAAAUAUGGGGGAUUUCCUUCUAUCUUCUGUUUGAAGGUAUAGGCUGCUUUCAUUGUUAUGUUUCUUUUGCUCUAUUCAGUAUUCACAAUUGGUUUCAUAAUGUUCUAUUUUUGGUUUGAUUUUACAAUACGUAAUUGACUGGACAACUAUUGCUAAGUUAAAGAGAUGUACCAUAGUACUUAUUAUUACCAUCCCAGUAUCCUACAGUGAAAUCCUGUGCCAAUUUCACUGCAUUGUCUCGAUUGGCUUUGUUCUGUCUUGUGCUGUUGCAUUUUUACUACUUUCAAAAUUAAAAAAGAAAGAAAUACAUGUUAAGACUCAUGCAUGUGUAGAAUCUAUAAACAGUUUAUGAGAACCGAUAUCAUGAUAAUUGAUGAAAUGAACAGAUACUUUGAAGAAAAAGAGACAGUAAAAUACUCAGUGCUGAUCCUGGAGUGUCAUAAUGUGAAACCCAACAACAGUGUUAUUUUUUGUUCAGAGUGAUAUUAGCCUGCUUGGAUUUAUUCAGUGUCAACAUAAUUGAAGAUAUGGGUAACUGCAUGUAUGUUUAAGUGUAUAGGGUUGAUAAACAUAUUUCUAAGUUUUGCUAGAUAAUUGAACAAAACUGAUUGCGAUCUCACUGUUUGAAUCCCCACUUUAUAUGCUCCACUUUAGUAUCUUGAAUAACUAUUUGUAAGAAGACAAUCUGUAAUCAUCAACUAGUGCUUUCUUACUGCUUGUUUUUUUCUUUGAAAUUAUGUAUUAUUUCUACCCGUUUUCUGUUUUGUUUAGUCUUUCUUUAAAUUCAGUUUUAAAAAGAAGACACUACAGUACCCAGUGCUGAUCACAGAGUGUCAUGAUGUGAAAUCCAGCAAUACUAUUAUUCUUUGUUCAGAAUGAUUUUAACCUGCUUUACUUUGUUUAAUCUAAACAUAAAUGAAGAUAUGAAUAACUGCAUGUAUGUUUAAGUGUAUAACAUUGCAACCAUGUUACUAAGCUUUUUUUUGGACAGUUGAACUGUUUGCAGUCUCUCUGUUUGAAUUCCCACUUUACAUGUUCCAUUUUUGUACCUUGAACAACUAUUUGUAAAACAAAACAUCAACUGGUGAUUUCAUACUGUUUAUUUUUUUUUUCAUAGAACGUAUGUACUAUUUCUACCUAUUUCCUGUUUUGUUUAGUCUUUCUUUAAGUAAAAAAAAAUUGGGGACCCUAAACAGACAGUGUAACCAUGCUGUCUCGGUGCCUGAAACAUCUCCAUUCUACUCCUGUACUCAGAGGCUCCCGAUACAAUGGUGCCUGUGUAUGUUGGUGCCAACAGUCAUCCCUGGGGGGCUCCACAAGGCUUCAGGAUCAAACAUGUCUGUAUGGGAAACACUGGAUUCUAUGCCAUCAAUAGAUUCAACUCACUCUGCUCUCUAUAAUGAACAAGUUUUAUAGCAACUACUGCCAAUAAAGGGAAUUGAUGUUA